GGCUGCCAGACAGAUACAAGGCUGCACAGGGCAAAAGCAGAGAAGAGAACAAAGCACUGAAUCUUCCUUCCAUUCUUCCUCUGACCCUUUCUGCCCGUAAGGGAGGCUCACUUUACCCCUACCCUCCCUCAAUCUCAGCUGUUUGAAGUUGGGGUCUUCCCUGGUCCCUGCCAUGUGGUCAGGGUCUCUUUGAGAAUUAUAUGCAGGGGAAACUGCCCUGGGUAGAAAGUUCCAAGGUUGGGAAAGUCUGUGGUCAGGGCCUGGAGAGGUAAGUAUAUUCUAUUGUUCCCCUACCCCAUGCUGGUUCCCACCAGACUCUUCCAGAAGGAGCCCUCCCACUUCAAAUCCUGCAUGUCUUGUCUGCAACUAAACUGUCCCUCCCUUGGGAGGAGAAUCUUGCCCCAGGGCAUGGGAAGGGUGGGGUGGGGAGCUCCUCCCUUCAUCAACAGAAAAGGAGAGGGGUUCUCAUGCCAGGGCAAGACUCCCCACAGACACUGGUCAGACCCAGCAGCUGCCCUGAGUCCUGGAACACGAGUCCUGGUUGCUGCAGAUUGCCUGUGAGCUCAGGAACCCUAUACAGGAGACGCAGGCAUGGCUGAGGAGCUGUCUCCAGAGCAGGUGGCUGACUUCAAGGCAGCCUUCACCAAGUUCGACAAGGAUGGGAAUGGCACCAUCAGUGUCAAGGAGCUGGAUGCAGUGAUGCAGCUCCUGGGCCACAAGCUGUCAGAGGAGGAGCUGAAGGCCCUCAUCGCCCGUGUGGACCAGGAUGGUGAUGGAGCCAUUAGCUUCCAAGAGUUCCUGGCAGAGAUGGUCAAGAGGUUGAAGGCUGCAGCCCAUGGGCAAGACCUGCGGAAGGUCUUUCAAGCCUUUGACCAAAAUGGCGAUGGCCACAUCACUGUGGAAGAACUCAAGCAGGCCAUUGCCAAGCUGGGAGGGCCGCUUCCUCAGGAGCAGCUGAAUGCUAUGAUCCAAGAGGCUGAUGUAGACAAGGACGGGAAGGUGAACUAUGAGGAAUUCGUGCGUGUUUUAACCCGAGAGUGAGGCUCGUGGGGCACUGGCUCCACCCGUCUAUCUACCUGACUCUGGCCUGUUAGGUUUUUGCACCUUCUUGGGAGUCCCUGCUUUUGUGAUAGGGGAUAUAAAAGGAAACUCUGGAUUGGUGGAUGGGAACUUUCUCACUGGUGAGAAGGACUUUGCUCUCCUGCCCUGUUUGCUGUGCUGUUGGGGCAGCUCAAGACCCCUCUGUACCUGCUGAGAGCCUAGGCAAAAGGCAUUCUGUCCCAAGCUGGGCCUUAUUCUCUCAGUGGUGGAAUAGGUGUUCCCUACCUCACAGGGCUGUUGUGAGGGGUCCCUAAGCUACUCAAUGGUCCAAAUAAAAGGAAUGCAAAGUCCAGUUGUGCACUCUGUGCUUGGGAAGGGGAGAGUAGGAGGUCUCAGUACCUCUGUCAUUUUCUGAAGUUUCCAGCCCUUUGGUUCUGGCGGGAGAACUGACUUGAGUAGGCCUCAUGGUCUACCACUUGCCUCCCCCGAUGACUGAGCAAGAGGAAAGGUGAGAGGCUGGACUGGAGU